AUGACAAAAGAAGCCUUUAUCAACCUGAGUGAAACUAAAGACGAAGAUGAUGUCAUUGCAGUUGAUGGUGUUAGUAAUAAUGAGAACAAUAUUAAUCCAAAAGCAUAG